AUGACGUUAGUUAAAUUGAGAAACAAUUUACCACAUUUUGAUUUAGCAGUAAAAUUCAACUGCAGUAAAGCAACUGUAAGUAAUGUUGUCAUUACAUGGAUUAAUGUUUUACAUGCCAUACUUUUUACUAAAUGCAUGAGUAAUAUUCCAACUAGAGAAAAAAACAAAAAAUGUUUACCUGGUGCAUUCAAGUCAUUUACCAACUGCUGUAUAAUAAUAGAUUGCACUGAAGUAUUUACUGCUGUAUCACGUCAGUCGAUGAAUAUACAGAGAGACACAUAUAGUUCAUAUAAGCACAGAAAUACCUGGAAAGCACUAAUAGGAAUUGCCCCGAAUGGUGUUGUUACAUUUGUCAGUUCAUUGUUUCCUGGAUCUACAUCAGACAAGAUGGUAACAUUAAAUAGUGGUCUUUAA